AGCAAUUUGAAUUCAAUCUCUUGAUUAAAGAUCUAUCCAGGUUCAAUACCGUAUCAAGCCUGAUAUAGAUACGACCUUACUAUGUGCCACUCCUGUACUUGCCCAACACUUGCAGCGCAUUGGCUCAAGGGAUCAAGCAGUGAACCGUAGGCUGAACUCUUUCACCCGUGCGUGCUUCGGUCCCAACCGAUGCCCGGCUCGCGGUUGUUCCAUGCCUUGAGCUUGGAAUUGCCACGAGAGGAGCUUCUCGAGCGCUUCGGUCACCUUUUGGUCGGCCUACAUGUUCUUCCGCAGGCUCCGCAGCCUGCAGCGCUGCACCCGGCGGUGCAGCCCACGGCGCAGCCAAUGGCAGUGCAGCCAAUGGCAGCGCAGCCAACGGCGCAGCCAACGGCGGUGCAGCCAACGGCGUCCACGGCCGGGCGGCAAGGUGGUAGAGCUGCUGAUGCAGAUUCAAUGACUUCAGAUGAAACACGUUCAGAGAAGUUUGACUCCUGAGAAAACAUUGUGGAUGUGAGGAGAGGACGAAAUUAAGACAAUGCGUUGGUGGAUCACGUGGCACAGGAGAAAGCACGAAAUAGGG